AUGGCAGCCGAGUCGAACUAUGACUAUCUUUUCAAAGUGGUGCUGAUUGGUGACUCGGGCACGGGUAAGUCGAACUUGCUGUCUCGUUUCACGCGCAAUGAGUUCAGCCUCGAUAGCCGCAGCACCAUUGGUGUGGAAUUCGCGACUCGCAGCAUCAACUUGGACGGCAAGACGAUCAAGGCACAGAUUUGGGACACGGCCGGUCAGGAGCGCUACCGCGCGAUCACGUCCGCUUAUUACCGUGGAGCUGUGGGUGCGCUACUCGUCUACGACAUCGCCAAGCAUUCGACGUACAUCAAUGUGUCGCGCUGGCUCAAGGAGCUGCGUGACCAUGCGGACAGCAACAUUGUUGUGAUGCUGGUCGGCAACAAAAGCGACUUGAAGCACCUGCGUGCUGUGCCGACCGACGAGGCAAAGGCAUUCGCGGCCGAAAACAACCUGUCGUUCAUCGAGACCUCGGCCCUGGACGCCUCCAACGUGGAGCAGGCCUUCCAAAACAUUCUGACGGAAAUCUACCAUAUCGUGUCGAACAAGGCACUGCAGUCGUCAGACGAUGUCAUUAAGCCCAGCGGUGGUGAGACGAUUUCCGUCCAGCCAUCCACUGACGACGGUGGCCAGCCAAAGAAGGGCGGUUGCUGCUAA